UUGGAACCACUAACCCGGUUGUACACUUAUCACCAUGGUUGAGACCCGUAGUGGGAAGGAGACUAGCCCCUACACCACUGAGCAGCAAGAAAAGAUGGCCGCCUUAGUCAGAGAGAAUAAGGAGAGGAAAGAGCAUGAAAAGCAAGCCAAGCUAAAGGCUAUCGCAGACGAGGAGGCGGCGAAGAUGAAGAGAUUGGAGGAGGAGAUGAAUAGGGUACAACAGGAGGAGGAAGAAAGAAGGAAGGCUGCUGAAGCAGAAGCGGCAGCAGAAGAAGAGAAAGAGAGGAUGAGAAUUGAGAGUGGGGAAGGAAGUAGUGGUGGCACGAUGAAGUGGGAGACAGAUACCGAGCUGGAGAAGAGGAUCAGCGAGUGGGUCGCUAAUUUAUCGUUGGGAGAAGACGAGGAGGCAAAGUCCUAUGUGACUAAGGAUGAGAAGGCUGCGCUGGCCGCUCAGCCAGCAGCCAUGAAAGACCCGAUGGAACGAAGAGAGAGGGAAGACGAGCAAAAGUUAGCAUGGAAGUUGAGAAUGAAGAGGGAGAAGAAGAGGAGGAGAGAGGAAGUGAAUAAGAUGACCGCAGUAGUGGCAAAGGUGCAGGAGUGUAGAGCGGAGGUGCUGGCCCAACCAGACGAUAAGGCCAAGUGGGACAAAGUACUAGGGUACCUGGAGGUGUUGAGGAAGGGCCUGGAUGGAGGAGCGCCAGGCAAGCUGGAGCCAGGAUACGCGUACGGGGGGAAGAAGGACGAGAACUUUGACAACUGGGAGGCCAGUGUCAAUAGUUACAUUUAUUUAAAGCAUAUCCUGAUGGAGGAGCAAGUCCUCGUGGCCUUCCAGGCCCUGAAGGACGAAGCGGCUAGCUUCGCCAGGUCUCUCGCGCGUACAGCCGGUUGUGAAAACAACCUGGUUGCAUAUUCCAAAGUCACUCCUCUUUCCCAAUUCCUCAAGCUCCUCAAGGAGCGGUUCGCUGACCCAACGCGAGGCAUUAGAGCCUCUGAUAAGCUCCAAACGAUCCACUCCCCACAGUGGAGGAGUGCCAAGGCACUCAAGGGUCCCAUGGACGACUUGGUAGCCGUCCCGGACCACGGGGUCACUGAGCCCCAGCUGGUCCAGUUGUUUUAUCAUGCCAUUCCAGAGGCCCUACGCGGGAAUUUCUUUGACAAAUCUCAGCAGGCCGGCAUGACUUACGAUGUAUUGAGUAGAGAGGUCAUCCUGUAUGAGUCGAAGUCUAUGCCAGUUACCACUUUCUGGCAUAAGGACCUGGAGAAGGGGAAGAAGUGGAAAGAUCGUACCAUCUCGGGCCAAGUCAAGGCCAAGGAUCACUUGAUCCUGACAUUAGAGGAGGGUGGUACAGAAGAGGUCCCAUAUGAUCAGAUUGAGUGGGGACUUGAAGAUGAUGGCAAUAGUGUGGGGCAGGGGAGGUCUUACGCUGCUGUCGCGGCUGGAGGGAGGCCGCAAGGAGGAGGAGGAGGCCAGGUCCAAAGGGGCCAGGCCAUGGGAGGCCGAGGACCGGGCGCACAGGGGGUUGGCGGGCAGGGAAACCGCCGAGCGGGAGGUAGGGGUCAAGGUCCCCCGUUGAAUUGCCAGGGUAACCGGUCCCCACAACGAGGAGGUGGAAGGGCGCCUCAAGGAGGAUGGCACCCAGGCUUGCCGCAGGGCAGGCCCUAGGAAGAUCUGGGCUUGGACGAGCGCUUAUGGCAGGAACGUGUGAACAUGGGUCAGUGCGUAUUCUGUGGUGACCCGGCCCACGUUAUCAAAUUUUGUCCAAAGUAUAGACAGGCCCGUUGGGCUGCCCAACAGUCAAAAGGCAGCCGCCAGUAGGGGUCGCAACUGCCCCUACUUCAAGGCCAUGUGGAGAAGGGAGCNGGGGGGGGGGAAGGAGACGGUGUGAUAAGGCUUGGAUCAGGGUGGGUAGGGGAGGCUAGCUGUGAGGGGCGGAUCUUGAUGCUACUUGAGUCGGUGCGUGUGCAGCUGGGAUAUCCAGGGGGAGUAAAGGGUGCUCGUGUGG